CUUCGUUUGAUUUUCUCUUAAAAAAAUACAAGGAGGCGUGGAAAUGAAUGAAUGAAAAAGAGCGCUGCAUUGUGGAAACUAUAAAUAGAAGACAUGCGAUGAAAUAUUUUACGCUGACACCUCCUGAACGAAUACAUCUUUACAUUGGCCGCAAAAAACAAUGGUCUUGUUACGAUUUGCAGAACUUGGAGUUCAGGCAAUCAUUUUUACCUUUGGAAUAAUAUUCAACAGUAUAGUUCUACGAAAUCUCUGGAUAGCUCGACGCUACCGUCGAAGAAUGAAUCAUGGCGGUAUUAAAAGCGAAUGUCUGCAUGCUCUCGUUAUGAACCUAACCAUGGCAGAUUUGAUGAUAUUGUUGAUUAGCAUUCCAACGGAUAUAGUUCCCGAGCAUAUUUCCUGGCCGUAUGGCUUAUGUGCCUGCAAGUUUGUGUCUCCACUUCAAGACGUAUGCCUUACAGCAUCUGCCUUGACCUUCAGUGCCAUCGCUCUGGAGCGUUAUUACGUCUCAAAAGGAAAAGCGCACAAUGAGAGCCACGCGAUAAUAGUACUAGCAGUAAUUUGGACGACAUCAUGUUUGACAAUGGGUUUGCCGAUGGCUAUUCAUAAACAGUUGAUUUCGGAUGAUGAAAUGGUCAUGUGUGACGUUAUUUGGCCAAAUAAAAACGUCGCAAAUUUCUUUCUGUGCUACAUGAUCGUGUUGAUCGGAGCAUCCGCAAUGACUGGGAUUAUCGUAUACUGCCGUAUCAGAUGAAAUCUGUCCACGAUAUAUAAACAAUUUCAGAGAAAAAUCCAAGAUGAAAAUGCAGAUGAAAUAACGAACGAUUUAUUAUCCGAACAAGCUCUUGCGUUGUCUAAUUUGAUAGCUGUUCUCAUCUUGGUCUACGUUUUGUGUGUUCUACCGUUUCCAUUGUUCGCCUUGCUGGUCGAAACAGGCGUACUGAU